UUAAUUUUAACUAAUGAUUAAACAAUUAAAUUAAUCCUACCAUAUAAUUAAUGUUGGUACAAAUGAAAGUAAAGAUCAUGAUUCACAAUUAUGGCUAUAUUACGAGAAACAAUUUCAUUCGUGAUUUUGUCGAUCAGCUGAUCGUAACAGUUGUAACAAUAUGGCGGCUAUUAUAAUACUGCUGAAAAGUUUGGAUUAAAACCAUUUCUUGCUUUUAAAACGUAAUAAAGAUGUAUUAAAUUAAAGUGAUUAAAAUAUUUAUUUCUUCUAAUUUAUAUUUGAAUAACUUUAAAAUCAUUAAAUUUCAUUAUGGCGAAUAUUAAGACAAUUGACAGAUAGUGCAACAGGUAAAGGUUCCCAAAAAAGUAUAACAAAUUUGAGGAAAAAAUUUUUGUUAUCUAUAAAGAACAUAAAAAAGGAAAACAUGUCAAUGCAAAAUCAUUCCAAACUGUUUGCUCAGUUGAAAGAUUAUUUAAACAAAUCUGGUUAUGAGAAAAAUCUUCAAGUCAUUUUGUCUAAAUAUUGGAUUGAAUUGAUACAAAAGAUAGUAUAUACGCAAGGAGAUACUUUGAGAAAAUUAUCAUUGAUUAGUGGUCGGAAACAAUCUGAUAAAAUAUUAAAAGAAAAGGAAAAUAAAACUGAAACAUCAAAAAAUGUUCUUACUGUAACAACGGAACAGGAAGAACGAAUUAAUGAAAAGACUAUUGAUAAUACAAAGUUUGUGCAAAAACUGAUAGAAAAUCGAACAUUUCAAAAAGAAGAUUUUAAGUUGAGCAAUCCUGAUGUUAAAUUAAAUUUUAAAGAGUUAUCUUAUUUACCACAGAUACUUACUGCUUUAAUUUUAAAAUUAACAAAUAAGGCAAAAGAGAGCAGUUUAACAUCUAUACCAAAAUGGAAAAUAAACAUUAGUACUAAUAUUCCAAAGCAUAGUAUUAUUUCUCGAACGCGUCAUGUAUUGAAUAGUAUUGCAACAGCUGAGUCAAGUGCCUCAAAGUGGAGAAGAAUUGAAGAUUUAUUGGCACACAUUGAUCAGUAUCCAGAAGCUCGACAUUAUGCAGUUAAAGAAGGAGCAAUAAGUACUUUGUUAAGAAUACGGCAAACAAUUAAAGAUGAAAAAAUUAAAGCAUCUAUCAGAGAAUCAUUAGCGGUAAUGGGUUAUAAUGAUCCUCCGACUGGACGUGGAAUUAGAAUUCUUUCUAUAGAUGGAGGAGGAAUUCGAGGUGUUCUUGUUAUAGAAAUGUUAAAGAAAUUGGAAGAAUUAACUGGAAAGAAAACACAUGAGAUGUUUGAUUAUAUAUGCGGUGUCAGUACAGGAGCUAUUAUUGCCACUACCUUAGCCGUACCAAAGGAAUCAGAUGAAGGAGGGCUUAAGAGAAAGUCAUUAGAUGAAGUUUCUGACUUGUAUAAAGAAAUAAGUACUAAAGUGUUUACACAAAGUGCUAUAAAAGGUACUAGUAGCUUGGUGUGGAGUCACGCAUAUUAUGAUACAGCACUAUGGGAGAAAUUAUUACGAGAAACAAUAGGUGAUAAACCUCUCAUAAAAACAAAUCGUGAUCCAAAUUCUCCGAAGUUCUCAGCUGUAUCAGCGGUAGUUAAUCAUGAACGGGUGAUGGCUUAUGUAUUUCGAAAUUAUACAUUGCCAUAUAAAACUGAAAGUCAAUAUAUGGGUUCGCAUAAACAUGCAUUAUGGGAAGCAGCAAGAGCCUCCGCAGCGGCUCCUAGCUAUUUUGAAGAGUUUAAACAUGGAGAAUUCCUUCAUCAGGAUGGAGGUAUACUAGUAAAUAAUCCGUGUGCAGUAGCAAUACACGAAGCAAAACAAUUAUGGCCAAAUAAUCCAAUUCAAUGUGUCGUUUCAUUUGGCACUGGAAGAACGCCAAAUAGAAUUUCUGAUACUAAUUCAGCAUCGGUAGAAGUAGCUAUUUCAAGUUGGAAAGAGAAAUUCUAUAAAAUAUUGGAUAGUGCUACUGAUACCGAAGCUGUACACACAAUGUUGAAUGAUCUUCUACCUGACCACGUAUACUUUAGAUUCAAUCCAUAUCUUACUGAGAUGUUAUCUAUGGUAGAAAUAAGACCUGAAAAAAUAACUCUGCUAGAGCAAGAUGCAAGAAUGUAUAUACGUAGGAAUGAACAGAAAUUUGAGAAAGCUGCUAUAGCAUUAUCUCAACCAAGAUCAAUACAACAGAAAUUAUUAGAUUGGAUCACUUUACAAAAAAGAAUAACUGGUCUUUAAAGUACAUUCAUAAUAAUAAUACUUAGCAUUCCAUGAAUUAGAUUUUAACACGUAUUUGUUUUGAGUAAUGCAAAUGCUAUUUCUAAAUUUGACAGAUAUUCUAUUUAAGGAUUAUGAUUUUGUAAUUAUAUACUGUAAAUAUUCUGCUUUUUCCAUAUGCUUAAAAGAAUAUUCUCUGUGCAUCCAUAUAAUGAAAAUUUUCUCAUUGCGAAUAAUUUUAAUAUUUUUUAGUUAUCGUAACUAUCCAACUGUGAUACAUAUCUUUUGUGUAAAGAUUUUUAGUAAAGAUCCGAGAAGUAUUAUUAAUAUAAAUAUUUAAUAUUUAUGUAUAUAUAAAAAUAAAUAUAUAUUAACAAA